UGUAGACUCAUCAUGGCUGUGAACAUACUGGGAGUGGUGGUGAUGGUUCUGUUCUACCUGCUGGUUCUCGGCACGGGGAUCUGGGCUUCGUGUAAGUCCAAGAGAGACCAGCGCAAGAAAUCUGCCGGAGAAUUAGAGUCCGUUUUACUGGGAAACCGCAGCAUUAACCUGGUACUGGGGAUAUUCACUAUGACAGCCACAUGGAUCGGAGGAGGUUUUAUCGUAGGCCUGACGGAGAUGAUGUACACGCCGUCUUUAGGUCUGGCUGAAACUCUGCAGCUGAUCCUGGCCUACUCCGUCUCCUUCAUUGUGGGUGCUUUUGUGUUCGUGAAGCCGAUGAGGGAGCUGAAGUGCGUGACCAUGAUGGACCCUUUCCACCUGAAAUACGGUAAAAUCCUGACGGCUCCUCUGUGUCUGGCCUCUGUGCUGCUGGACGUGCUGUGGUUGGGAACGACACUCAUAGGUCUGGGAUCGACCAUGAGCGUGGUUCUGGACCUGCCCUACUCCCUCAGUAUCUGGAUCUCCGCUGCUGUGGUGAUCGUGUACACUCUGCUGGGAGGACUCUACUCCGUGGCCUACACUGACGUCAUCCAGCUCCUCCUCAUAUUCGUCAGUCUGUGGAUCUGUGUUCCCUUCGUCCUGAGCAGCCCUCACACCGUCAGCAUCACUCAGACCGUAUUUAACAACUCCCUCCACGCCCCCUGGAUCGGAGAGUUCAGCUGGGACAAAAUGUGGACCAAAAUGGAUGACUUCCUUCUUAUGACUCUGGGCAGUCUGGGCUACCAGUGCUUCCACCAGAGGAUUUUAGCCGUCUCUUCUACACGCAGCGCUAAAAUCACCUGUAUGGCAGCGGCCUGGAUUAUUCUACUGUUUGGAAUCCCACCUGUGCUCAUGGGGGCUGCAGCGGCCUCUACAGACUGGAACCAGACGUCUUACGGGCUGCCCACUCCGUUCGACCGGGGGCAGGUGGCACAGAUCCUGCCCCUGACCCUGCAGUACCUCACCCCAGUCUACGUGUCCGUGCUGGGCAUCGGCUGCGUGGCCGCUGCUGUCAUGUCCUCUGCAGACUCGGUGCUCCUCUCCGCCGCCUCCGUCUUCACCGCAAACAUCUACAAGAAGAUCCUUCGACCGCAGGCGUCGGACAGGGAGAUCCAGUGGGUGAUCCGUGUUUCCGUGGUGGUCUCGGGUGUGAUCGGCACCUCUCUGACCCUGCUAAAAAACAGCAUUAUCCUGUUUUGGUUUCUCGGCUAUGAAGUUGCCUACAUCAUCAUUUUCCCUCAGCUCAUCUGCAUCCUGUACUUCAAGUUCUCCAACGGCUACGGGUCCAUAAUGGGAUGGGUCUUCGGCUUCCCUUUGCGCAUGCUUUUCGGAGAGGCCUCGUUGAAUCUGAAGCCCGUGCUGCGUUUCCCGGCGUGCGCCUCGGACGACGGCGAGUACGUGCAGUGUGCGCCGGUCAAAACCAUCAGCAUGUUGACCACGAUGGCGGCCGUUUUGAUAUUCUCCUGGCUCACGUCCGUGCUCUUCAACAAAGGCUUGCUUCCGGAAAAAUGGGACGUUUUCAAAGUCAAAUAUAAACCGCCAGCGCCUCAACGUGGAGACACAGACGAGUUAGAUAAAAUAAAUAUGAAUCAUUUCCCGAUGGAGUCCACAGAGCCAAUGCUGAAAAAGUCUAUAGCAAAUUCCUAAUAGCAAAAGAACUUAAUAGAAUAUUUGACUUUUUAUUUUUUUA